AUGAUUAAUAGUUUUGAGAGGUUGAAGGAAAAACUGAAUUCAAAGCUUAAUGAUGCGAUGAGAAAGUUCCCUGAAAAGGAAAGCUUUAGAAUUUUCAAGGAAAAGAUCACAAAUAUGAUUGUUGAAGAAAAAACUAAAAGCACAACACUUUUAAAUUUUCCAAGUAAUGAAACUGGAGUUGAAGGAAUCAAUUGGACACCAAUAAUGGGUCAAAAAACAAAUGAUCAAAAAGAAAAUGAAGAUAAAGAGGGAAAUGGAGAAGAAGACAGUGAUAAUGAUGCAAGUCAACCAGAAGUAGAUUAUUUACUUGAUUCAAAUGAAGUAGAGAAUGAAGAAAUAAAGAAUGAUGCAGAUAAGAAUCAAAAAGAAUGUGAAAUUGGAGAAAAAGUGAAAGAUGGAAAGAGGAAUGAAAAUGAGAAUGAUGAAGAGGAAAAAGAUGAUCAUGCUGAGGAAAAAAUAAUCAUGAGGAGACUAUUCAACAAACUGAAAAAUGAAAAUUUGUUGGAUAAACUUGUUGACAACAUUGUGGACAAUAUCCUUGGAAUUGGAAUUUCAAGUUUAAAUAGUCAAGAAUAUGAAAUCUGGAAUCACCCUGAAAUGAAAACUAUUUUCGAUAAUAUUGAUAUAGGGUCACCAAUGAGUACAGGUAAAACUAAUACUUUUGCAGAAAAGGAAAAAUCAAAAGGUGUACAUGAACAAGGAACAAAAGUUGAAAAAACAAAGGGAGAUGAUAUAGAUAGAAAUGAAGGAGGAACAGAAGCUAAGAACACGAAAGAUGGAGGUGAAGAAAAACAUACAGAAACUGAGAAAGGAAAUGCAGAAGAUAAAGUUCCUUAUCUUUCAGGAAAGAAAAAGUCAGAAAAUGAAAACAAGAAAGUAGAAAAAGCUGAUAAGACAAAAGGAAAUAAAGGAGGACCAUCAAAGCAUGAUUUGGAUCAACCAAGAGAGAAGAAGCUUGCUGAUGCUUUCAAAUCACCUUUCAAAUGCAGAAUAACAGACACAAAACCCAAACUGACACAUCAGGAGAGUAUUGUUUGUGAAUGGUUAUUCAACUUACAAGGCAAUACAUCAGAUGUGGUUGUCCAGACAAAAUAA